UGAGGUGUAUCGCUGCUGGAGUGUGCUGUGUAGAGCAGACUGUUGUAGAAUUGCUUGUUUCUAGCUGUGCAGAUUGGGGGGGGGGGGAAUAUUAGUCACUGCAACAUAAAAAAAACAAGACUUUAAACAUCUGAAACUUGCAUCGGUGUCUCUGCGGCUUAUUUUACAUUCUUUUGAAAGAGUAGAUUUCCCCCCCUCUCGUGUUACCUGCAAAUUGGUCCUACAUGAACCAGGAUCAAAUCCCUGUAGUAAAUCUGAAUUCAACCAGACAUACUGGAAGGUGCCUUAGAAAAAGGAACCGCAGCCUCGGCAGUGUCCUCAGCAAUGUUCUGCAGAAAAGGAAGUGCAUUUCACGGUCUGCACCUCGAUUGCUCUGCACCCUAGAAUCAGGUGCUGAUCCACGAGUGAAGGUUAAUACUGAAUGUUUGGCUGUUCAAAAUGAAUUUCAACAGUGGUUUGAGACCUGUCGAGCUAUUGUUUGGUUACCAGCAGGAAUUCCCAAGCAGUGGAGGCCAAGGGUUUGGAUAACGUUGGCAGAUCAUCACCUUCGAAGCAUUUCCAUUGACUGGGAAAAAACCAAGCAUUUUUUUCUUAAUGAGCAAAGAAACCCAAGUGAGGAUGCAUUAGAAAUCCAGAUAGACAAGGACUUGCGUCAGUCCAGCUCAAACCUUUACAGUGGCACUGAUGUGGAACAGUUCUACAGUGCAUUGAAACGACUUUUACUAGCCUAUGCUCAUUGGAAUAAGAGAAUUGGCUACUGUCAAGGUUUCAUAAUACCAGCAGCGGUCAUUCUAAAGGUGAUGGAAAGAGAUGAGGGUGAUGCGUUGAAGGUCCUAGUCUAUCUACUUGACAGAGUUCUUCCAGACGACUAUUUUACAAACAAUCUCAGUGCUUUGACUGUUGAUAUUGCAGUCUUCCAUGAUCUGUUAAGAAUUAAACUUCCUGAACUUUCACAACAUCUGGACCAUCUUUGCACAGCAACCAAAAAAGCUAAUGAUGGGAGAUGCAUUCUGCCACUUACCAGUGUCGUCACCAUGCAGUGGUUUCUGACUCUUUUCACCUCCUGUCUUCCCAAAGACACCAUCCUCCGGGUUUGGGAUGCCAUCUUGUUUGAAGGAUCAGAGGUGCUAUUUCGAGUGGCUCUAGCAUUAUGGGCUCAACUAGGAGAGUGGAUCAAGAAGUGUCAAAGGCCCGAUGAGAUCACUAAAUGUCUGAAUCAGGAGAUGAUGGAGAUUAACUUGGCAGACUGCAGCAAACUGAUGCAGAGUGUGUAUUCAAUGGCAACUUUUCCCUUCACACAAGUGGUUGAACUGAGAGAGAAGCAUAGUCCUUCAUCGUUCCAAGCAAAAGUUGCUGCCUCAAGCCAUCUCUUGAAGGAAGCUCAGUGCAAGGGAAAAGCAUCAGAAGUGAAUCAUAGAACCUGCACUUUCAUUUCUGCAGUGGGAUACCCUGGGGUCCACAAUCCAGCACACUGUCAGAAAACAGCUCAAAAUGAAAAGCGAAAAGGCAGCUGCAAUUUGGGGAAGACUGUUCCAGCCACAACUGGUGAUAGUAUAUCACACUCUCAAGUAGUGGUAAACAGCACAGAGUACACAGCAACACAUACACCUGUGUUGAAGCAACACCACUCAAAAAUGACCAAGAGACAGCAACAAAAUCAGUACCUAACUCCCAGACAUGGCAACAACGAAUCUUGCUCUCCUGGGACACCAAUUCAUUCCAAAAAGUCUAAAGGCAUUAAUCGAUUCCUUGGUGGCAAAAAGCUAAAGAACAGCAGCAAAAGUAACCGAGUCCACCACACCCCAAAUCCCAGGGUGCCUCAGCCCAUACAGAAAGAACAGAAAAAUAAGAUAACUGUCCCUUGGUGUUCUCAAAAAAGAGUCCCUCGCAAUGUCUUGACCAGGAAUCUGAAGGUUAAGUCAGGCUGCAGUGAUACAGUAGGCCUGCUGGAAGACCAGACAGAUAGCUCCAAGGCGGAAGUCGUCAAAUUUGAUGAUCUCAGAAUAACGGAAGCGAACAGGGAAGGUUCCCAGUUACACUGUGAAGCCAAAAUGUACUAUAGUGAACGUUUGGCCAUCGAGUUGUGCAAAAAGGAUGUUGACAAUUUGGCCAGGGUUGAAAAUUUAUUCAAGACACUUCAAAUAGGGGAGCCAAAACAUUCUUUAUUUGCAGCAGAAUCCAGCAACCAGCUCGGGGUAUGCGAUUGCUGUGUGGACUUGAGAAAAGAUCGGUUCAAAGCUAAGAAUUUCACAUCUCUGUCUGCUGUCAAAGCAAAUAUCACAGACAAUACUCAACUUGCGGAUCUCUCUGGAAACUCUCUCAAAACGCAAAAUCUAGGUUUACGUGGAUCUUGCAGCAACGUCCAGAUACUGCCAUUCAAUAAAUGAUUAAGAAAAGACAUGCUACUGCCUUGGUGAGGAAAAGGGAUGGAUUUCUAACCGAAGAUUGUUCAGUAUGGACCAGAGCCCAGUCUCUGGGUCCUCACAGCCAAGAGGUCAACUGAGUUGUGUGCGAAUGUUAUCCUUUCAUCAGUGGCUGAUGGCUGAGAAGUGAGGAGCCAUCUGGUGCUUGGAGGAACUGCCACCGCCAUCUGGAACUGGAGCAGCUGUAUGGAUGAGUCGCCUAAGUAUAAGAGCACUACAUUGCUGCAGGGUCCAUCUGUUACUAAGGAUGCAUUGCUGCAAAUGAUCAGUCAAAAGAAAUACAGCAUCUGCUACAAGAGACUCAGAAUAAGGGAAACAUCAGCUUUGACAGAGGAGCUACUGUGAGGAGCCCAGCCUGGGACACAGCAAACAUAUGGCUGUAGCAUUUCUAGAUAUAUUGUACAAGUAUUGGAAACACUACUGUUUGUGUAAAAUAACCAUACAUUUUAAAAUCUAAUAUUAUCUUACUAGCAGUAUACGUUUUGUGAUAUUUGAGUGCGUGCAAAGAAUGUAACCGAAUCAAGGUACAACAGUUAAACCCUUGGACAGAGUACGCCACAGCAUGCUUUUCCAUGUGUGCUCUAAGAAUUCCAGAUCAGGCUGAGUUAGGAAUUCCGAUUAGGAUCUGUGGUUAAUGAUUUACUCCUUCACUGCAGUGUUAUUAGACCAUUCCAUUAUUGCAAUCUACUUUCAAAUGCUAACUGGCAUACAGAACAAUAGAACACCAAAUACUGCAGAUGUAAAAAUAUUCCAUAACUUUAUAAAGAUCCAGAGUUCUGUUUAAGCAUUUGGAAUCAGAUGUAUAUUUUUGAAGUUGAGACAACAGAAAUGGUUAUUUUGAAAGUCACACAAAUUUUGAAAGUCUCACAAUAUUCGGUGCUCAAAAAGUUUAAUAAAACUCAUGACUGUUAGUAGGUGCAUGCUUCCUACAUUAAAUAUGUAAUUUUUAAAAUUAAUACCACUUUAAAUGUUGGUGCAUGCGGUAGAAGAGAUUGUGUCAGUUGUGUUAACAAUGCCUGGAAUACUUCAAGCUUGUUUGCAAAGAAAGAAGCGUAUUGCUAUUUCCAACGCAAACAACUACUAUCAUCAAUAGCAAUUAAAUCAUGAAAUAUAUGUUUCAUUUAUGUAGAUCAAUUGGAUUUGACCUUCCAUUGAAAGUUCAGAGCUCGACAGCAAGCUCCCAUCAGUUUGUCCUUUGAAAGUAACAAUUGCUGUAAAGAUGAAAGUGCCCAUAUGAGAGAAGGGAUUAAACACCAUUUAAAUCUAGGUGUUAGGAAAUACUUGAAUGUUUUACUGGUUUGUUAAUAAAUGAAAAACAGUAAUCUGCUAAACGUUGCAGAUCAACCCAUGAUGUACCAUUUUGCCAUAUUCUGCUUUCCUUAAUAUUUAUCGAAGGUUAAGCCAUACAUACAUCAGUCAGGGGGUGCCAACACCUCGUAGAAAACUGCAUCUUCAUCUAUGGGGACAUUGGUUUGAAGCUCAUCUCAAUGCAAAUGGACACUUCCAUUGAAAAGCUGUUUACAGUCCCUCGUGAAUUGGUUGUGGAUAAUCUUAGCCCCAAUACCAUAAGAUAUGAAUCUAAACAAAGAUUUUGUCAAAAUUUAUUUUGAAAAGUACUACUUUUUAACUGCUUUCCUAAUAUUUGGACUGCAGCACAGUGUUAGUGUAUUGUGAGGGGAGCAUUAUUAUUGUUUCUGUCUUGUGCUGUUGUUGACCAAUGCUUACUUAAUGUUACCACAAUACGUCUUCCAUUUUCUAAUACUGAUAAUCUUCACCUCAAUUUUCGUGUGCAAUUCAGAAACCUUGACGUUCCCAAUUCAACUAUCAUCGCAAUGUUCAAACCUAGGAAGUAGAAGGUAAUGACAUAAAGAAGAAAUAAACAUUUCUUACCAUUUACAACAGCUAUCCAAGAAUGAAACACAAACCUAUUAAAAAUAAACAUUGGAACACAAAACAGAAGUUGAUAGGGGUAAACCAAGAACUCGGGUUAAGAUCCCACAGGGCAAAAUAAAAGACAGAAUAUGAAAUCUAAAUGAUGCAAUAUGAUUCCGGGAAGUCAAAAGUGUAGGUAAGUGAGAAGAGAAUAUAGGAAACUAUUUGAAUCACUUGAUUUGUUGAUCCCGAUUUCAUGGAGAAAUAGCCAACAAGAGGUAAGCAGAUAGAAGAAAGACCCCAACUCUAAACAAGUGAAAAAUUGGGAACAAAAAUGCAGCAUCUGUGAAGGAAAAAAACAGUUAACAUUUUGGGUCCGGUGACCCUUCCUCGUUUGGAGCAAGGGUCACCAGACUGGAAACGUUAACUCUGUUUUAUUUAGCAGACAAACCACACUCGCCGUUUUGUUUGUACAUGGCUUGUCAUUUGUAAUCCAACAGUUUUCAAGAAUAGGAAAUAAGUGUUUGAUAUAGAAAUGUAAUUUCUGGAGGAUCACUAAAUAAAUUACAACUUUUUCAUUG